AGUAUGUUUGAUAGCUUCGCUAACCAGACUUCGCCGGAUCAGUAUGUCUGCCGCAACGGACCCUUUGGCCAUGGACCAUUUUGCUUCGGUCGUCAAUGAUAUCUCUGACGAUGUUGUCACUCCUUGGGAGGUUACUACCACUUCCAACCGUGGAGUCGACUACGAUAAAUUAAUUGUUCGAUUUGGAUGCUCAAGAUUAUCGCCUGAAUUAUUGACCCGUUUUGAACUGGCCUGUAAACAGCCACUCCACCAUUUUCUCCGCAGAGGGAUAUUUUUCUCCCACAGAGAUUUGGAAUUUAUCGUCUCAUUGGUCGAGCAGCGAAAGCCCUUCUUCAUGUAUACAGGACGUGGUCCAUCCUCUGAUUCCCUACAUCUUGGUCACGUGGUACCGUUUGUCCUCACAAAAUGGCUGCAGGAUAUCCUGAACAUACCUCUCAUCAUACAACUCACAGACGAUGAAAAGUUUCUGUGGAAAGACCUCACUGUAGAAAACGCAUUGCAUUUAGCUCGAGAGAAUGCAAAGGAUAUUAUUGCUAUUGGAUUUGAUCCCAAAAAUACGUUCAUCUUUAGUGACUUUCAGUAUAUGGGGCAAUGUCCAGAGUUUUACCGAACUGUUUGCCAGAUCCAGCGUCUUGUGACGUUCAAUCAGGUCCGUGGGCUAUUCGGUUUCACCGAGAGUGAUUCCAUUGGCAAAGUCGCGUUCCCAGCUGUUGAGGCCGCCCCGUGUUUUGCUCAGGCAUUUCCAACUGUGUUUCGCAAUGUUCCAAAGAAAGAGCAGAUGGGUUGCCUUAUUCCCUGUGCCAUCGACCAAGAUCCCUAUUUCCGCAUGACGAGAGAUGUAGCCCCAAGAUUGGGUUUACCCAAACCGGUGAUGCUCUACUCUGGAUUCUUUCCCGCUUUGCAGGGAAAUCAGACAAAAAUGAGUGCCAGUGACCCAACCACGUCCAUUUACCUUACAGACACCGCAAAACAAAUAAGAACAAAAAUCAACAAGUAUGCGUUCUCUGGUGGCGGAGAUACCAUUGAAGAGCAUCGUGCAAAAGGUGGAAAUUGCGAUGUUGACGUAUCUUUUCAAUAUCUGCGCUUUUUCCUCGAGGAUGACGACCAAUUGGAACAAAUUCGGCAGAUGACACUUCGGAUCACUUCUUUGCUCAACUUUUCAUAAAUAUUCUAGCAAAUGGUUUCAUCUUUCAACAGUUUCUGGACUGCUUGUUCGGAUUCUAUCAUACUCUCACCAUUCGAGGAUGGCGAUUGGCUCAUCUGUAAAGAAUCGAACCAUCUGGCCUGACAGUUAUUCAAGCAGGAGGCUAUCCCAGCCAGCUGGAGCGACUCGAUCCUAGCGACAACGUUCAUGGAACGCGGUUACACCGUUUGUGUCAAUCACAGGAGUAUCUUGUAUCAGUCGAGGCUAAGUUAUUGACCUGCCUUUCGUGUAACGGAAAUCCCGCAUGAAAACAUGCCGGGUGGAUUUUUAUGUAGAUGGGACUUCAUUUUCGCUUUACUCAAGUACUGCGACCGCGCUACGUGCAAGGCACAUCGACCGUAACUGUGUUCCUCGACUUCAAGAGCGCAUUCGGCUCAAUCGUUCCCUCCACCUUUCUCAAGACAAUUGACCGGAAUAGUUUUGC